UUAAGACGGCGAAGGGCGAGCUGAUCCAGUUCUAUGUUGAUCAACUUUACGCGGCCAUGAAAGGAUUGGGGACAGAUGAUAACUUGAUCAUCCGUACUCUGAUUUCGCGAUCUGAGAUCGAUCUUGCCAACAUCAAGCAGGAAUUCCAUGCCAAGUACGGCACGACCUUGGAGAACUUCGUCAAGGACGACACGAGUUGAGACUAUUGCUACCAUCCGGCUGCGCAUUCUCGCUGGUGGUGAUUUUGAGGCCCAUGCCAUGCGCAGGGUUGAAAAAUUUGAGAUUACUUAGUUUGCCCAAAUCCUUUCCAAAUUCUUUCUCCCAAACUCAGAAUGAUUGCGCUCAGUGUUCAUCAAGGCAGAUUAAGAGUAUGUCAGGAAUUGAAGUUGGUGAAGAGGUUUCCACAAUCUAUAACGAUAUGAAGCUUAGAAGCACCUUGAAGUGGGUUACCUUCAAAAUAGAGAAUAAGAAGAAAAUCAUCAAGGAUCAAAGUGCUGAACCAAAUGACAAUUAUGGCGAUAAAACGCAGUUCGAUGAGAUGAAGGCCAAACUGACUUCUGAACCACGAUAUAUUCUCUAUGACUUCAACUUCGACUCAAAGGAAGGUCGCAAUAUAAACAAGAUUGCUUUCAUUUUUUGGUGUGAUGAUGGCAAUGCUAAAAUCGGAGACAAGAUGAUCUACGCAUCAACCAAAGACACCAUCAAGAAGGCGUUUACUGGCCUUGGUUUGGAGUUCCAUGCUAACACUAUGGCCCAGUUAGACUACGAAACAUUCAGGGCCGAGGUUGAGAAAAAGGCUUAAAAUCAUUACCCAGAACCCGAUUUGAUAAGAUUAGAUACGCGUUAGAAAACCGUUCGAAGUUUUAGUCAUUGUCAAAGUUUGAGAAACGAAAAAUGAAAGAUGCUAGUAGUUUUUCUCUGUGCACGUGAGUGUAUUACGUUAACAAUAUUUGUUGAUAAUAAGGCCCGGAUGACGACAUGGAUGACUGUUUUGACACCAGCUGUAUUGCUCCACACCAAUAAUCAAUCAAAUUCGACAUCAGGGUGGGUGUAAUGUGGGCGGAGCUUCAAUGAUAGGCCACACAUUCCUACAUAGCUGUACUCCAGAGGUGCAGUGUAAUUUGAUUCCAUUAUCGACACAAGUUUAUAUGAAUUAUUCAUUUUGAUAUCAUUAUCCUCACAAGGUUAAAUGAGUUAUUCACUUGACUAUUAUCCUCACAAGUUGAAAAGAAUUAUUCAUUUGAUAUCAUUAUCCUUACAAGGUUAAAUGAAUUAUUCAUCUGAUAUCAUUAUCUUCACAAGGUUAAAUUAAUUUUAUUUGAUAUCAUUAUCGUCACAAGGUUAAAUGAAUUAUUUUACGAUAUCAUUAUCCUCAGAAGGUUAAAUGAAUUAUUCAUUUGGCAAGAAUACUUGAGUUGACUUGACAUUAAUUGCUUUGUUGUGAAUUGCUAUACAUGUAAUUAUAGGUUGGUUGUGGUCUUUUAUUUAAUCAAGGUUGGUGAAGGUUCUUUUUUAUUCGCGACUAGAUCAUCUCUCAUUCUCUUUACUUUGCUAAUAUGUUUUUUUAAGCUUUGAUUAUAAAUCAAGUCAGUAGUAUCGGAAAUGAAGUUUCUUGAUUCGCAGAUAUAAAGUUUACGUGUAUGUUUCCAAGCAUACACAUCUGACUUUUGUUACUUGUUACUCUGAAAAUAUUUUCUAGCUGAUUGCAAAUAAUAUGCCGCAUGGCUAAUACCAUAAUACCCAUCUACGUCAAACUCGAAUCUUAAAAGUAAUGUUUCAGUUCCAAUGUUUUAUUUAAAGCGGCUUAUCGUGUUUCUAUUUGUUUUGAUGGCUUCUGUUAUAAUUGUCUUUUUAUUACGGUUAUGGCUGUUUAGUCUACAAGUUUUAUUAGUUGAGAGAAUAAAUAAUGAUUAUUGCAUAAAAAAAAA